GAUUUCUGUCGUGGCGGCGUACUCAAUUAAGGCCCCUCAACGGGCCGUCGGAUCUAUCCCCUCGUUCAUGACCUAUUCCCUGAAUGAAGCUCGGUCUUCGUCAAUCAUGAAUGUUCCGCCCGGAUUUUAGUGAAGUGUCAUAAACCCUAACCUUAGGAGACCCAUUGCUACCCAGAAUCAUUCCAGACGCCAUUUUCAUUACCAAGAUCCCAGCUAAGCACGCCGCCGCUCUCGCAAUCCCCGACAAGGAUUACGAACGAAACUGAGUCACCUGGCUGACUCAGCAUGAGAGGAUGACGAAUUAUUGCGAAUACUUCCGAAGGCUGACAAUAAAAGGAAGGCGCUGAAUUCCUUAUUUGCAAGACACUACGAGACCAACCCCCAUCACCAUGACUGUUGGAAUGGAUUAUCACCAUGCGAACGGCAACGGCCAAGCUACGCACACGAAUGGCCACAGCAAUACGUCGAAAUCACCGUUAAAGUCUGACGGAUUCAAUCCCACCACUGGCGCCGUUAUUCCUCCUAUAUCCUUGUCUACGACAUUCGCCCAGUCAUCUGUUGGAGUCCACAAGGGGUACGAGCUGGAGGAGGCGAAGGCCCUCACUUUUGGAAGCGGAAGUGCCGCGACUGGUGCAGUACUCGCUACGAUAGGCAAGGGGGGCCACGUUCUCAGCGUGAACGACGUUUACGGCGGAACUUGGAGAUAUCUGAAGCGUGGUGUUGAGACGACGUUUGUCGAUUUGGAAGAGGCGACUGAAGAGGAGAUAUAUGAUGCGAUACGAGAUGAUACCAAGUUAAUUUGGAUCGAGAUGCCAACAAAUCCCACAUUACACGUUGUCAUGGGCGCCGUCAUCGUCCCUCCUCAUCAUACCCCGCUAAUCGAACGACUACGAUUCCUCCAAAACGCCAUGGGUGCUGUCCCGAGCGCGUACGACUGCUGGUUGGCUAUGAGGGGCGCGAAGACCCUGGGCGUGAGGAUGCGCGCACAUGGCGAGAAUGCUUUGGCGUUAGCAAAGGUGCUCCAACAGCGAGAAGAAGUCGAGGAGGUGAUAUACCCCGGUUUGGCUACCCACAAGCGGAACGCUGUCGCAUGGAGAGGCGUCAGUGCUCACGCGAAGAAGUGGAUUAGUCGUACGACAGAUACCUCAGCGGAUGCGUUUGAUUUCCCGUAUGGAGGGAUGAUUUCGGUUCGGGUUCGUGGUGGAUACCCCGCGGCGGGCCGGUUCUUGGAGCAGCUGAGGUUGUUUACGUUGGCUGAGAGUCUUGGCGGUGUGGAAAGUCUGGCGGAGCAUCCUGCUGGGAUGACGCAUUCCGGACUACCGGAGGAGCAGCGCCAGAAACUUGGUAUAUCAGGUGGACUGGUACGGCUGAGUGUGGGUAUUGAGGAUGGAGACGAUCUCAUUACGGAUGUCGUUAAGGCAUUAGAGAAGAGUCAGUAAUUACACUUGUUUUGUAUUUUAGAUGUAGAGCAUAAUAGGACUAUAAAAGGCUUGUACAAUGCAUGGUUUACAUCAAUUAUGGCUAUCUGAUUUAUGAAUAACAACUGACCGGCGUAGUGGAAAAGCGUAUCUUCGGAGCUGUGAGUUCGAAUCUCUAAGUUCACGUUUAACAGCCAUGCAUGGAUAAACUUUUUUGAGUACUUUUCUGUCCAUGUUGGUCAUUCGAGAACUUCCCAUUGUCCCAAACAACUGAGUCUCCCUUCCCGACUUUUCUCUCUUUCGGAAGUCGUCUCCUUGGCAAGGGGGAUACUGACAGAAGCGGGCGAGUCGCGACUCGGAGUUGCCAAAUUGGGUCACUCACACGGGCCCCACGCGCUACCACUGCGCCAUGCUGUUCUUUUCAAUAUCGUAAUGUGACGUAGCAGAUAUUCUCUCUCCCUGUCCCUCGUUGGCAUGUUGAAUUUCAUGGAUGAUGGCGAACAAACGAAUCAAGGUCGCU